CUGAAAACUAACCUAACCCUACUGCAGUCUUCAUGUUGUAACGUGUUGUGAGCACUAAUCUUCCGUUCACAUCCAAGGCUUUAAAUGAGAUACUAAAUCGACCGGCCCUCUGCUGCUCUAUCCUUCAUAGUACAAACCUUGAGAGGUAUUUGAUCUCUCUUCUAUAAUCAUGGAAUACCUAAGUGGUGCAACAGCCUCCGUUAUUUCCAUGGGCCGGCAUAUCGCCCAAGAACAUACAACCGCUCUUGCUGUCGGUGGUACGGGGCUUGCCCUUGCUACAGCGCCUAUCAUCGGGCCUGCAGUACUCGGUGCUGUCGGUUUCAGUGUCUCGGGGCCUGUUGCGGCCUCUUUUGCUGCAGUAUGGCAAUCUUCACUCGGGGCGGUUCAGGCUGGGAGUCUGUUUGCCACCCUACAAGGUGCUGCGAUGGGAGGUGCUGCUGCAGGGAUAUUCACAGCAGCCUCAAAUAUCGGGAUUGGGAUGACGGGUUUCGCAGUAAUCGAAACACAGUGGACUCAUAUAAGAAAUGGGCUAUGGUUGAAGCGUGAUGGUGAUCAGUCUGAUAAAACCGGAUAUUCUUAUGAAGAUUCUCCCAUCGACACCACCAAAUGCAUGACAAACAACCCACACAUGCUUGAUGGAAACGAUCUCUUAGCCACCGAAUUUACGAAAUUACGGAAAAUAGACAUGUCCUAGUCGGAGAGGGCUUGGGAGGAAUUGCUCUUUGUUUGCGUGUGUGUGUGUGUGUGUGUGUGUGUCCGGGUAAUGUUCUCCGAGUGAGUGUUUCGGGGUGGC